AUGUUGAACCAUGGGAGAAAGGAAGCAGGAAAACAGCUGGCCAAACAGGGAUGUGCAGAGGGGUUCAAGGUGUUGGGACAGGAGGAAUUGUUUCUACAGCUUUUUGCCUGUUAUACAAAUUAUUUACUCUGAAGUUAACUCGCAAGCAAGUGAUGGGUCUUAUAACACACACAGACUCUCCAUAUAUUAGAGCCCUUGGAUUUAUGUAUAUAAGGUACACACAGCCCCCUACAGAUCUAUGGGAUUGGUUUGAAUCCUUCCUUGAUGAUGAAGAGGACCUAGAUGUGAAGGCUGGUGGAGGCUGCGUAAUGACCAUUGGAGAAAUGCUACGGUCUUUUCUCACAAAACUGGAGUGGUUUUCCACUUUGUUUCCAAGAAUUCCGGUUCCAGUUCAGAAGAAUAUCGAUCAACAGAUUAAAACCCGACCAAGAAAAAUCAAGAAAGAUGGAAAGGAAAGCGCUGAGGAAAUAGACAGACAUGUUGAACGCAGGCGUUCAAGGUCUCCAAGGAGAUCACUGAGUCCACGGAGGUCCCCAAGAAGAUCCAGAAGUAGAAGCCAUCAUCGGGAGGGCCAUGGGUCUUCUAGUUUUGACCGAGAAUUAGAAAGAGAGAAAGAACGCCAGCGACUAGAGCGUGAAGCCAAAGAAAGGGAAAAAGAAAGGCGAAGAUCCCGAAGUAUUGAUCGGGGGCUAGAACGCAGGCAUAGCAGGAGUAGGGAAAGACAUAGAAGCCGUAGUCGAAGUCGUGAUAGGAAAGGGGAUAGAAGGGACAGGGAUCGGGAAAGAGAGAAAGAAAAUGAGAGAGGUAGAAGACGAGAUCGUGACUAUGAUAAGGAAAGAGGUAAUGACUGAGAAAAGGAGAGGUCAAGAGAACGGUCCAAGGAACGGAGAAGUAGGGGUGAGGUAGAAGAAAAGAAAUAUAAAGAAGACAAAGAUGAUAGGCGGCAUAGAGAUGACAAAAAAGAUUCCAAGAAAGAGAAAAAAACAUAGUAGAAGUAGAAGCAGAGAAAGAAAACAUAGAAGUAGGAGUAGAAGUAGAAAUGCAGGGAAACAAAGUAGAAGUAGGAGCAAAGAGAUAUCAAGUAAACAUAAAAAUGAAAGUAA